UGGUCCCAGACACCAAACCCGAUCCCCUUACCACUGCCUGUCCUUCCCUCUGCAUGGCACGGCAGUGUUCCAGCCUAUGAAGUGAAUGCCUGUGUAGCUGGGGAAGAUUUGCCUCCACUGUAAGUGCUCCCAGGAAGAGCACAUUGUAACCGUUAUGCCUCUGGAGAUGGAAAAGACAGUCACCAAGCUCAUGUUUGACUUCCAGAGGAAUUCAACUUCUGAUGACGACUCAGGCUGUGCCCUGGAAGAGUAUGCAUGGGUGCCCCCUGGCCUGAAACCUGAACAGGUGCAUCAGUACUACAGCUGCCUGCCUGAGGACAAGGUGCCCUAUGUCAACAGCCCGGGAGAAAAAUCUCGCAUAAAGCAGCUUUUGCACCAGCUGCCACCACAUGACAAUGAGGUCCGCUAUUGCAAUUCAUUGGAUGAGGAGGAGAAGAGGGAGCUCAAACUCUUCAGCAACCAAAGGAAGAGGGAAAAUUUAGGGAGAGGAAAUGUCCGGCCAUUCCCAGUAACCAUGACAGGAGCCAUCUGUGAGCAGUGCGGCGGGCAGAUCAAUGGUGGGGACAUGGCCGUCUUUGCCUCACGAGCAGGGCACGGUGUUUGCUGGCACCCUCCCUGCUUCAUCUGCAGUGUCUGCAACGAGCUGCUGGUCGACCUGAUCUACUUCUACCAAGAUGGGAAGAUCUACUGUGGCAGGCACCAUGCUGAGUGCCUCAAGCCCCGCUGUGCAGCCUGUGAUGAGAUCAUUUUUGCUGAUGAAUGCACCGAGGCCGAAGGGAGGCACUGGCACAUGAAGCACUUCUGCUGUUUUGAGUGUGAGACAGUGCUGGGGGGGCAGAGGUACAUCAUGAAGGAUGGGAGGCCCUACUGCUGCAGCUGCUUCGAGUCCCUCUACGCCGAGUACUGCGACACCUGCGCCCAGCACAUCGGUAUUGACCAGGGCCAGAUGACAUACGAUGGCCAGCACUGGCACGCCACCGAGACCUGCUUCUGCUGUGCCCAGUGCAAGAAGUCCCUGCUGGGACGUCCCUUCCUCCCCAAGCAGGGUCAGAUCUUCUGCUCCAGGGCCUGCAGCGUGGGCGAUGACCCCAACGGCUCCGACUCCUCCGACUCAGCAUUCCAGAGCGCGCGAGCCAAGGAGUCCCGCCGUAGUGCCAAGAUUGGGAAGAACAAGGGGAAAGGUGAGGAAGGGGCACGCAGCCCCUGCAACCAGCUGCAGGUCACCUCCAAUCGCCUCUCCACCGAGGUGGAUCCCCUGUCCCUGCAGAUGGAUUUGCUGAGCCUGGCCAGCCAGACGCCGAGCCUGAACAGGGAGCACUUGUGGAGGAGCCGGGAUGAGCUCUAUCACUACGGGAGCAAAAUGGAGCAAAGUCAGUCCCAAAGCCCUUUGCAGCUUCUCAGCCAGUGCAACAUAAGGACCUCCUAUAGCCCCAGCCAGGUGCCGGGCUCACAGCCGGAUUUAUGGGCAAAACAUUUUAGCAACCCAAAGAGGAGCUCCUCGCUGGCCAUGAAGAGCCACAGUGGCAGCUUCAUCCAGGACUGCAGGGAGGACUUCUACUCGGGAAGGCUUCGCUCACAGGAGAGCUACAGCGACAUGUCCAACCAGAGCUUCCCUGAGACCAGAGGGAGCCUCAAAGUCCCCAAGUAUGAAGAGGAAGAGGAAGGUGGGAUAUCAACACCCCAGUGCCGCACCCGCCACCCCAUCAGUGCCCUCAAGUUCACCGAGGAUCUGACGCCCACCGAGCAGACUCCCCGUGGCUCCAUGGAGUCCCUCGCCCUCUCCAACGCAACAGGCCUCUCUGCAGACGGUGGAGCCAAGCGCCAGGAGCACCUCUCCCGAUUCUCAAUGCCUGACCUGAGCAAAGACUCGGGGAUGAACGUCUCGGAGAAGAUGAGCAACAUGGGCACCCUCAACUCCUCCACUCAGUUCCGAAGCGCCGAGUCUGUCCGCAGCCUGCUCUCAGCUCAGCAGUACCAGGACAUGGAACCCAACAACCUCCACAACCUCGCCAGCCCCCUGAGCUACCGGGAGCGACCGUCACACGGGAGGAUGCACCAGAGCUUCGACUACGGCAGCGGGGUACCCGGGGGGAAGCUGGGGGCACCCGAGGUCCCCAGGCACGCUCCGAUGAGCGAGCGCACGCGGCGCCGAACUAACCCACGGGAUGAGGAGCGGCAUUACCGCCCGCACCGACCCCGGAGGUCCCGGAGGUCCCGGUCGGAUAAUGCCCUGCACCUGGCCAGCGAGCAGUGCUACAGGCUGAAGGAGAGACCCUCGCUGCGAGCCAGGGAAGACUACGACCAGUUCAUGCACCAGAGGAGCUGCAGGGAGAUGGUGGAGCAGGGUCCCCGCAGGGACGCCUACGGCCACUGUCCCCGGACGGUCUCGGAUCUCGCCUUGCAGAACCACUUGGGGGAGAGGUGGGGGCCUUACUUCGCCGAGUACGACUGGUGCUCCACCUGCUCCUCCUCCUCAGAGUCUGACAACGAGGGGUAUUUCCUCGGGGAGCCCAUCCCCCAGCCCGCCCGCCUGCGGUACGUGACCAGCGAGGAGCUCCUGCACAAGUACGGCUCCUACAGCAUGCCCAAGUCUUCCACGCUGGGUGGAAGGGGACAGUUGCACAGCAGGAAAAGACAGAAGAGCAAAAACUGUAUCAUAUCCUAAUGGCAUCCUUGCCGGGCACCUUGGGAGAAUGUAAAUUAACUCACCAACUUGCACUGUUUUAGAUCAUGUAAGCGCUUUUAUUGUAACAAAAAAGAACAAAAACAACAAAAAAAAAAACCCGAAGAGUAGGGAUUUGUAAGAAGGUUGUAGACUGGCUUCUAGAAAUAGUCAUAAUCCUGGGCACAGUGAAUAUAUUUUGCACAUCUUACUUUGGA